AUGGCAGAUACGGCCGUCGACACGGAGUGUCUCGCUGAUAUCGAUCGGGAGAAAAUAGUGGCAACCAUUGUGGAUGCACGUACAAGCCACGAGACUACGGGAGACUCCGAGCAACAAGAUUUCGAAUUGCAACUCGAUGAAUCAGUGGAGGCGCAAAGCACGGAUGCAUUAGAUGAGAAAGAUGGCUGUGUCAAGGACAAUGUACAAAUUGAGCUGGAAGCGGAGUUCGACCCCGGAGUACAAGCCGCUUCCAACUCCGUAGAUCAAACAGACUUCGGUGUCACUACUAGUCCUGAAAUAUCGAGUACAGAUGCGAAAGAAUCUCCAGAUGCGAACGAGAGCGGUGACCUGGUCACGAUAACAGUCCUGGAGAAAACCGAAGAGGAGAAACACGAGGAGGUUCUGAACGGAGAAGAUCCGAUUGUGAUUGUGAACCCCGAGGUCGCGAGUCCCAUAUCAUCGGCAGUCCCACUCGAUGAGAGUCACGAGGUAGCUGACUCAAUUGGCAACGAUGAGUUGGGAGGGACCGAGCUCCCAGCGGAUAGCACCUGCAGCAACAGCAAUGAAGAUCGAACACAGCUUCCCGACAGUAGUCCGGACGGCAUCGCCGGUAAACCUGACGACGCCGCCGCUCCUGUGGUCGUCGCCAGCAUCCAUAGUGAGACCACGGCUCCAUCUACCCAGACGACGAACGCCGGGGAAAGCGGUGAACGUUUCCUGAUCAUAAACAGCAAUUCAUCACCAGAACAGACUACUGCAAAUGGCGAGACCGCCCUGCUCCAGAGCAACGCGGACCUCCCGCAGACCUCGGAACAGAUCGAAGUUCCUGUUGACGAAGAAGCAAUAGUACCGAAUCCAAUGGGGGACGACAAGUACAAGGAGAUAGAGAUUCUCGUCGCGGCCUUCGACGGGCUCGAUGAGAACUCUUCCAAUCAGUCCGGGAAUGAUCAAGCGUCCGUAUCACCCGAAACCGUACAACCGAGUCUACCGUCCCAGGAAGCCGAAGUACCUUCAGCCACGCCGGAGCGCAAACCUCUGGCAAAAGUCCCCACGGAGCCGAAAUCCGAGAGGAAGCUCCCCAAGGCGAAGCGGAGCGCGGGUCCUCCAACCAGGAGGGAGUCUUCAAACGCUUCGGACAAGGCGGAGAUUCCCAUCGUUGUCGGCAACGGGAAGCUUCGAGUCCACGGCUAUGAGAAACUGAGUGAGCAAACUGGUUUACCCGAGCUCGUGUUAGUGAAUCGAGAGAUACUCGAGCGCAUCAUAUCCGACCAGGAGAAAACCAUUACGCAGACAAAGAACAAACUCAAGGAAAUGUGUAAAAUGUGCGACGAUCUCCGCAAAGUCGUGCUUUCUAAAGGGCUGAAUACCGUUUUGAGCCCGGAAGAGGCAAAGCUGCCGGUCGACGUAGUGAUCAAAAUGCAGAAACUGCCGCCGCACGUGCCGACGUUUCAGACGGUAAAAGUCGCUCGCACAGCUAAUGGGAAUUAUGAUCUGCACGCGGAAGGCAGAUUCUACAAUCGGGUUCUGCCCGUUAAGAAAUGGCUGGGCGUUGCACAUGCCCCCAAACCUGCCACUCCGCUGGCUCUCGGUGCAAACCGCAAAAUCACCUCGGAUUCCAAAUGCAAGGUGGAAUUUAAUAUCAAAGUUCUGCCGAAGGAUAUCGUGCGAGCUCUCACGAACGGCGACGUGCUCACGGUGCAGCAGAGACAGCGUUUCAUCGACAAGAUCACCGUCGACAUCAUCAAAGCCAAAGGGGUUCCGCAGCCACAACAGAUCCAGGAAAUCGCCAUGCAGGUUGCGAACAUGUAUCCGAGAAGUCUCGUCAUAUUGCCCGAGGGCAAACGAAAGAGCAGCCUCCGCAAGCGAGGGCGCGCCGACGACGAUGACGAGGAAUCGGCGAAGGCUAACGUACCAAAGAGGACGAAGAAGGAUAGUCUGGCUAAAGCCGCCGUUGCCGCCGCCGCCACCGCCGCCGAAAGCCCAGCGGGAGCGUCUCCCAAGCCCCUGACCCCGGGUUCUCCUAACGAUCCUGCCACUACCCCCGGGACGAAGAGGGGCAGAGGCCGUCCGGCGAGGAACCGUACUCCCGGAGUUAGCCCAGAUCCUAAGUCACUCACGAAGACGGCACAAGCGGCUCCGCUAAGCGCAGUUCCUAAGCUGGAAGCCGGCAGCGAUCCUACGGCUGCUGUCAACGGUACGUCGACGCCGGUUCUUAAAAAGAAGGGCGGACGUCCGAGGAAAGCGGUCGCACCUGAGCCAAACCCCAGACACGUGGAGGAGGAGCAAGCCUUGUCUCUCGAAGAGCAGAAGACGUGGCUUCAAGAAGAUGUGAAGAAGCCUAUUGAACAACAAGAUGACGCCAAACAGCUGCGUCUUCUCCAUAACUGUUAUGACAUGCUGUAUCAAGAGAUGGCCGCGAACAACUAUGACUGUGCCGCGACAAUCGCGGAAUGGCCAGUGCUGCGAAAGCCCGAGCAUGUCCUCAGCGUCUUCAAGCGCUUAAAGAAAGUCCAUGGGCGCUUCCAAGAAGCGAUGCGGAAGGAUGCUCCGAAGCUCGUUACAUUUUUGCACGAGAGAGUCAAUACCGACGAGGGGGCGGAAUGGUCGCUGCAAAUUUCGCAGGCGAAGCUGAGCGACCGUUAUCAGUUGCCCGAGGAAGUUGGAGUCAUGCCUCUCUUGGCUCUGAAUUUCGAAGAGGAUUUCUCGCUUCUCUUCAAGCUAGUUCCGGACAAAGAAGCCUUUGACGAUGCAAUAAAACAUGUGGAACCGGUUCCUAUCAUCAUAGGAGUUGGUGAAUCUAUAUUCAACUGCCACUACCACGUCGUCGUUGAGAGACAGCUGUUGUACUCGCCGAAGACAUACCUCGACGCCUUAGAGCUUGUGUACGCAGCCUACUUCGUUUUCAACCUGGCGUAUCCGAAGGAGCUGCUGAACAUGUUCGAAUACGUGCAACGGUAUUACGUCGGAUACAAUCCUCCGAUAAAAAUGGUGACUCUGAGUCACACGAGACCGAAAAUCGCUCUUUUCCUGAAGAAACUCAAAGACUUCGAAAGACUAGAUUGGAACUCAAACAUCAGAGCGAAUUCUCCCGGGGUCCCGUCCGAGUUCGAGAGAGAGUCGGAUCCUGAGGGAGACGAUAUGGACGCAAGCGAAACUGUUCCCGAGGUCAAGCACGAACAAAAAAACAGGAACCUCAGCCCCAACAAUCCUCCGGAGACGAACCGGAUUCAACCUCGAAAAAUGAUCUAGUUGGAGAGCAACCGAUGGAGACAGAUGUUGAUGUAGACAAGGAAAGUCUUGCAAGCGCACCUGAAGAACUGGAAGCCGCCGCUGCGGUCGCGUCGACGACCGCGUGAAGGGACCUGUCAGAUCGUAGCCCAGAUUAGGUGUCUGAGAAUUUUCAAGAAAUGACGAAAAACCUUCGACUAACCUGGGGAAUAGUCCCAGGUUUCUUACUCUGUUGAGGACUUCCGAUGGUGGAAAAGCCGACUGACGUGACGAUUUGACGGUAGCGCUAAAUUCUCCGUGAGACCGUUACCGAGGUCCCGGUCUUGACGGCUUCAAUCGUAGACGGGGAAUGAUUUGGAAGUGGAAUGUUUUUCUCACCUGAAUGUCUAUCGAAUCGUUCACAUCACGACAAGAGAGUCACGCCCCGCAUUAAGAUAUAUAUUUACCAUUAUAUUCGCGCAUCAUGCUGUUCUAAGGGCAAGACGCUCGGACUACACUACAAAACUAAAAUCAAAUGGUUUGAAGACGUUCGUAAACCAAGGUCUCAUUGGUUUGAAAGUAAAGUAUUGUGUAUUCAUCUUGGAACAUUCAAUAAAACCAUAAGUACUUCGAACAA